AUGUCUCAUGUACGAAUUCACGCUGAUCCUGGCGCUACGGGAAAGAUUGUUGUUAUAAGUAUUAUUCCCAUCAGUAUGGGUGCAGGCGUGAAAUCCGCUAAGGAGAAUGGUCCAAUCUCUCGUGUCAUUGCUGUUGUUGAAAGCAUUAUGUUGGCGUUGUUAGACACUACCGUAGUAGAGCUGUUCUUAUAUUAUGUCUGCAUGCUUUGAACAAGGACUUCUAUGUAUCUCUUAGCGCCGUGAGUGCGGAUCCAACUCAAUGCAAUGAGACUGUCACUCGCGAUGUUUAUUGUAGAGAUCUCAUAG